GACAUACAAAAAGGAUUUCAUGUCCACGUUAGACUCCUCCUGGUUCAAUACGUGGGCCCAGUACAGUCGACGCAGGUCCAGAUCACGACCACAAUCGCGAGUCAUUCGGACGAUUCCCCGACUUGUUCGAUCGGCAGAGUUCAUUCUGGUUUGAAUGUGCUCGGUCUCGUGGACGCGCCGAUAUGGAGUCAGUUGGAUGUGUUUAAAUUUGUCGAAUCGAGGGUGGCGAUCUCGCGCGUCUUCUUUCUUGAGGACAGGCAUCUGAAGCUUCCUAUUCUUCAAUUCCGGCGAUUCUUCGCUUUGUCGAGUUUGUCGGAAACGAUGUUUGGCAGUAGAUGGCGCAGUGUUUUCCAUAAAGCCAGCGGAAGUCUUCUUCGUCAUCACCGUGCAGCUGGCACAUAUGUUUUCAGUGACGUGAAGGCAGAACUUGUCAAAUGCAAAUGGGAUGCCAUUGUUGUCGGAGGCGGGCACAAUGGGCUUACUGCCGCUGCUUACUUAGCUCGAGCAGGGGUCAAAGUCGCUGUUUUGGAGAGAAGGUCUGUGCUGGGGGGUGCUGCUGUUACCGAAGAGAUUUUUCCAGGAUUUAAAUUUUCACGCUGCAGUUAUGUGCAAAGUCUCCUCCGCCCUACUAUUAUCAGGGACCUACAACUUUUCAAACAUGGGCUGAAGUUGCUGCCUCGAGUUCCAUCUUCAUUCACGCCGACUACCGAUGGAAAUUCGUUGCUCUUGGGAGCAGAUAUGGAGUUCAAUCAGUCGCAGAUUUCGAAGUUUUCGAAACACGACGCAUCUGCUUUUCCAGGUUAUGUGGAGCAGCUGGAAAGGUUUUGCGCUAUCAUGGAUCCUCUACUCGAUGUCGCACCUCCGGAGAAAAGAGUGGGCCGAAGUAUUACGCGAGGAAGGUUAUGGGAGGGACUUGAAACCACGAAAGUCUUUGCUGGACUUUUGCGGCGCUUCGCAGCAGCUGGGCCGGCAGACACCCUGGCAUUUAUGGAAUUACUGCUUGCUCCAGCUUCAAAAGUUCUUGACGGCUGGUUUGAGUCAGAUAUUUUGAAGGCUACGUUGGCUACAGAUGCGGUUAUUGGAGCAAUGGUCAGUGUUAAAUCUCCAGGAACAGGUUAUGUACUCCUGCAUCAUGUUAUGGGAGAGACUGAUGGUGCAAGAGGAGUAUGGUCCUAUGUAGAAGGAGGAAUGGGAGGAGUUUCUAAAGCAUUAGCUGGGGCUGCAGUCGAAGCAGGGGCUACUUUGGUAACUGAAGUAGAGGUCGAACAUUUCAAGCUGAAAGCUGGUUCAGAAAAUGAAGCUGUUGACGGGGUUGUGUUAGCAGAUGGAACUGAAAUCUUCGCCGAUCGAGUCCUAUCAAAUGCUACACCUUAUGUGACAUUUCUGAAAUUGUUACCUGCGGAUGUUCUCCCCCAAGAUUUCUUAAAGCGCAUUAAAACUAUCGACUACAAGUCGGGAACCACCAAAAUAAACGUUGCCGUGGACUCGCUUCCCCUGUUUUCUGCUUGCAAGUCAUCGAAAAAUAUUCCUGGACCAGAACAUCAAGGAACAAUUCACCUUGGAGCAGAUAGUAUGCAGGAACUUGACGAGGCAUACAAAGAUGCUCUAAACGGACGACCUUCAGCAAGACCUUUGAUUGAACUUACUAUUCCAUCCGCAGUGGACCCUACGAUCGCUCCUCCUGGAAAGCAUGUCAUCAACAUGUUCGUGCAGUAUACACCUUUUCAUCUGGCAGAAGGAAGCUGGCAAGAUCAGGAAACUAGAGCAGCCUUUGCAAAGAAAUGUUUUUCUAUAGUGGAUGAGUACGCUCCUGGAUUCAGUUCAUCUAUUGUAGGUUAUGACAUGCUCACACCACCUGAUCUGGAGAGGAUUUUUGGUCUCACAGGUGGGAAUAUUUUCCAUGGAGAAAUGGGAUUGGAUGCCCUCUUUCUUCUUCGUCCCAUCAAAGGCUGGGCCCAUUAUCGAACUCCACUGGCUGGGUUGUAUCUCUGUGGUGCCGGUGCACAUCCUGGAGGAGGUGUGAUGGGAGCUCCAGGAAGAAAUGCGGCUAACGUGGUUUUGCAGGAUAUGGGAAGGUAGGUUUGCUGUGCACGUUUACGGAAUUUUGGAAGUCAACACUUCCGCCGAUUUAUACUCCAUAUAUUUGGUACUAAGCCUCUCUAUGCAUUCUGGUUGGCAGAGCAGGCCUGAUAGUCUGCAGAAAGUGGUCAAGAUACAGUGUACAGAAACUGGAAUCUGACUAAGAAGCCUUCAAAUACAUGUAUAAAGGUCUAAAACUUUGGGUAUUUUACCAUCGUCCAGUUAUGUGGUUUAUGGCGAGGUUAAGAUUUUAUAUAUUUAUUUUACUUAUGACUGG